AUGGUCGUCACUUUGCACAAGGAUGCACAUCACGCUCUCGACGAUAUGAAAUGCUUUAUAGCUGAUGCAGACGAGGAGAAGAAGGCUUUGGAAAGUAUCGUUAGUCGAUUCGCUGCGAGUGGUGAAGGGAAUGCUUGCGUGGUGGUCGGUAGAGGAGAAAGCGGACGCACAACCGUCGUGAAAAAUGCCAUAGAUGAGUUUGAGCUCAGCGCGAAAUUGCUGAUCGUUAGUGUAGCUCAGCUUGGAUCCGAAAAGAACACCCUACAAAUGCUAACAAAUGACAAAGACGUCAAGAACUUCAUCACACAUGGAGAAAGAGAGUUCGAUCUCGGCUACAUGGCUCGUAUAGUGUUUCAACCAGCUAGCACAUUGGACGAAUAUGUGAAGGUGUUCGGGAAGUUCUUGGGUAAAGAGAAUUCGAAGACAUCAAAGGACGCGACAAUUCAUACGCCUGUUGCUGUAGAGGGGGCGAGCGCCUUCCUAUGUCUUUAUUUGGCGAAUGAGUCCGGGCAGCCAUCCGCUGAACUCCUAACGGAAGCCGUGGAUAUGAUCUUGCCACGGAAAGAUUCAUUGGAAACUAUUGUCAGAAAUGUGAGUAAAUUUGUACUGGAAAAG